GCCAAUAAACCAAAGAGAAGAAGUAAUGUCAUUGUCACCAAGGAAUUAGUAAAUGAAAAAUGAGAAAAACUUGCUUAGAGAUAUAAAGUUAACCUUUACCGUUUGCUAAACAAUAUUUUAAUAUUGCUAAGAUAGAUUGAUAAAAGAACUCAAUAUAAUGAGCUCAGGUUUUAUAUCAGAAUCUGAGAUAUUGGAGGCGAGACGCCGGCGCCAGGAAGAAUGGGAUAAAGUGCGAACCGAUGAUCAGCCGAAAGAGGCUCCAGAAGAAUCUUACGAUACGCGACCGCUGUUCCAGCGUCUUGAAGAACAAAGAUUGAAGAAAGAUGCAGAAUAUGAGGAGGCACAUAAACUCAAGAAUAUGAUCAGAGGUCUGGAUGAUGAUGAGGUUGGUUUCCUGGAUCUGGUUGAGCGGACCAAGGCUGAGGUAGCCCAGCAGAUCAGUAUUGAAGAGAAAAAAGAAAUGCAAGAGUUCAGAGAAAGAGUAUCAAGCCUGGCAGAGAGUGAAGAGUUGACUCGACUACGGGCACAGUUAGCACCUGCAAGGACAGCCACAACCACAGCUCAAUCACAGAAGAAUAAACUGCAGGGAGUCGUUGUCAGGAAAAGGAAGGCUAGUGAAAUGGAGGGUGAGAACCAAGAUAAGGAAAAGGGCCAAACUCCUCACAAAAAUGGCAUUGUUAGCAUUAACAGUGACCAGAAUAUUACUCCCAUUCCUGGCGAGAAAGUCGGAGCUUUGCAAUGUGUGGGAGUGUUGCCAGGUCUAGGACACUACGACACUGACUCCUCGAGGAGUUUUGAUGAAGACUCUAGUGACAGUGAUUCUGUGAGUAGUGAUACUUGCUUCGCCAAAAGGGACCUUUUAGGUAGGAGACCCGACCAAACGCCGGAAGGGAGACGACGGAAAGAUGAGGAUAAACGCUAGAUUUUGUCUACUUUGAAUAUAUUAUAUUUUAAAACGAGGUUUUAACUUAAAAGUACGUUUUAUUUCGUGUGUGUAUUAAAUACGGCCGUCAAAUCAUCGCUAAAAUACGGAAUUUUAAAUUAACGUUGUAUUUUUAAGAUAAUGUAUGUAUAUUAUGAUAACCACACUUUUGAACUACGUAUGUGUAUUUUUAAUAAUCUAUUAUAUUUUAUGCAUUUUAAAUUGUGUAUAGCCAUGUCUGCAUAUUGUAUAUGAUAUAAGAACAACCGAAUUUUGUCAACAAAGGCCGCUUCGGUUUACACUAAUCUCGUAACUAAAUUGACAGUUCUAAAUGUAGUGCUAUUCUUUUGCAUAGGAAACAUCGCAAUGCCGUUUAGUAUAGAGAUAAUCUUUGAACUAAAAUGACAAGUCAGAGUAGUCAAUCUAGGAGUAUUAGGUAUUAGUUUUGAACCACAUGAACUGUCAAUUAAGUUUAGUACAGAGAGUACUUCGCAACUAAUUAUCAAUCCUUCAUAUAGCGAUCUAUAUUUACACGGAAAGUGUUGUUAACACUGUAAGACCCGUCUUUUCAGUUCAUUGUAAACAUAUUGCUAUCCUUUUUAAAAGGAAAUACUGUGAGUGGGUUAAACUACUUUUAGAUCUGUAACUUAGUUCAGAGCUUGUUGUACCUACUUACUAAUGUAACACCAGAUUUAUUAUCGCAAUAAUUUACAGUUGACUGACACUGUUUGCUAUCAUGUUCAAUUUGAGCAUGACAAGCGUAGUUUUAGACAUAAAUCGUAGAUUUCUUAGACAGAGCCUUGAUGCAUUGUUAUUAACAGGCUUGUUUCGGAAGGAUCGUAGCUGAUAACCUUAUGGGGUUGCGACAGCGUCACAGGGGGAAGGGGGCGAGGGCGAAAGCUGUAGAGCUUUCGCCCUCGCGACGAUAUUGUAAAGAAAUGGGUUGCCUCAGUCGAGAGCUCGGACCUUGAAUCAGCUCGUUGAUUCGGACGAGUGUGACGUUUUAAAACUAGAGUUAAGUCCGAACGGGCGUGGUUUUUUAGACUAGUUUAGUCCGAUGACGUCAAAAUUAAGAGAAGAGCUCCCGAUCCUUAUUGUCUCAAGAAUAAGAUUUUAAUAACUCACCUUUUUAUAUUUACAUAACUUAAAACCAAAAGAAUUAUCGACCCCUGGCUUUCUGUAUAUUCCGGUUAAUCUGAUAAUAGGUGGCGUAAUAACUAAAUGUCAGCCUAUCGCUUAUAGCAAUAUUAUUGAAAUGAUUUUAAUUGUAUCAGUGUGAAACCGACGUCCUCGCGCGCGACUGCAUUUCUGUUUGGGGAAAGCUUUAUGUAAUCUAAGCAAGGCUCUGGUUUUCUUUUUAAUAGUAAUGUACAAUAUAAAUGUAGCAGUAUGUUAAAAGACAACUUCAAACUACAAGUGUCAAUAGAUUAGUGUUGUUCUCAUAAUUUAAUAAGUAUUAUGUACUAAGCUAAUGUUUUCCUGAUACGUUAAUAAAAGCACGAUUUUAUUAAGGA